UGUAGCACACUUAAAUUUAAUUUAGUUUUUAAAAGCAUUUGCUGCCUGUUUUACUUGUUUUCCUUGCUUGAAAUCAAGGCACGAAAAAAGCAUGCAAUCGAAAAAGAUUUGGGCUUCCUGCGGAUUGGUUCGUUGAAUGUCCGGGUAAAGAAAACAACCGAAGCGUUCAGCAACUUCUUGGGAGUGGGCAAUGGCAAUGCCCUGACGGCGUAUGGACCUGGCGGAGUCUCCGGAGCAGCCCCAAUCGAAGCGGGUCGCCAUCACCAGCGAACUCACCGUCACCAUCAUCAGCGUCAUCCACAUCAUGCCAAUGGUACGACACGGGAUCGGCAUCCGAAUCAGAGAGCAUCGACGACAAUACCAUACGGCUCGACUAAUGUGCUGGGCUCCCGGUCCAGUGUGCCAAUUAAUCGGAAUAUAUAUGACACUGUACACAAAUCGUGGGGCUCAGCCGAUAAUAUAACACAGCGUCCCGACACGCUAAUGCCACCACCGAAAUCGGUUGACUACGUCUCGAAGCGCUACAAGUCUUCUAAACGUUCAUCGUAUGCCUCAAAUGCUACCGACUCACCUCGUGACUCCAUUUGUUCCUCAAACUCCAGCUCGAACCUUAACUCUGGCUACAGCAGCAUGCCAACUACUCCAAAUCAAAUACGUGCUCCUAAGAACAUUGGAAUCACAGUCGAUUCCGAUUCGGAUUCAGCUUGUGGAUUUGACUCCAAUUGGUCUGUCAACGGUCGUAAUUCAGUUAACAAUAAUAUCCUAAGAUCCUAAAUUCUAACCAAUGUAUACAUUUUUAAAAUACCUUUCAUAAACGAAACAUACCAAUAAUUCCAUGAGGCAUUAUCUAAUAUUAG